AAACUCUGAUGUUGGGAAAUAGCAGAAAGCACCUGAUGUGGACAUUCCCCCGGAAAGAGAACGACGAGCUGUAUAAAAGUCGAGAGAAGAAGAAGAAGAACAGACUGUAUCUGGAUCAAACUCUGGAUUCAAAGAUGAGACGCGUCUUCAUUUUAUUGGCUGUGUUGUGUGUGUGUGACGGCGUGAUGUUCGGUCAGCUCUGCAAUGGAAACUCUGCAAACAGCCGGAGGACGUCUGACAAAUGGGGGAGGGGCAACUACGGAGCCAGCAGAGGGGCCCGGCUCCACAAAGGUCUGGACAUCGUGUGCAGCGACGGAUCGAUCGUCUACGCUCCGUUUGACGUGACGUUAAACGGGAAAGUCACCGUGUACAACGACCCCAAUAAGGCGGCCAUCAACAGCGGCAUCAACCUGAGUGGAGAGGGUCUGUGCUUCAAGCUGUUCUACGUGCAGCCGGACCGGACCUCGGGCACGGUGAGGGCAGGGCAGCGGCUCGGCGUCAUGCUGCCGAUGCAGAGCGUUUACCCAGAAAUCACCUCUCACAUCCACGUCCAGAUGUGCGACCGCAGCGACCCCACGCCGCACUUCUGAUCCAACAGAACUGAGUUCUCAUUUAAUUUCUUGUUAUAAACCAAUAAAACCUAAAGACAG